UGUCCGUUACUAAUGAUCACUUCUUUUUUGAUAAACCUCCGUUACUCAAUCUCUCUAUCGCCCUUUCUGGCUUUUUUCGCUCACUACCUCAUCGCCGGUACCCUAGAAAGUUUAUCAACCUCAUUCACUAACUGAUCGGAGAGGAGGCAUUCCGUUUGCGGUGCUGCUGAGUAUAAGCCGUUGGGUUGUUGAGCUCGGCUUCAUUAUCACCACCCGCGCUUCAAUCACAAUUACUUCACCUCACACUCACAGUUUAUGCACUUGCUUUAGGGAAUAGUUGGUCGAGCAAGCACUUGUUGAUCUCCGGUUUCAGGCAACAAGGUUCAUUACUUUGUUACAAAUCGAUUUAUGGGACGUAAUAUACGCCAUUCCGAAUCUCCUAUUAGGGGUAGAAGUCCUCCUCGUAGGAGGAGUCCAUCACGGAGGGAGAGAUCACCGACACGGCAUAGGAGCUCCCAUAAGGGUGGCUCUCCAAUUAAAGAGAAACCUCGACGUGAUGUUAGAAGAUCAAUAUCGCCUGUUCCUCAUUCUCAAUCACGGUCCCCUUCUCCACGAACGAAAAGGUUGAGGAGAGCACAAGCUGGAAGUGAUGAGAGAGGACAUGAAAUAAAUCAUGGUAGAGAAAGUGAAAGGGGUGCACAUAAGGACAGGGGUCAAGAAAAAGAAAUUGGGAGAGAGAGGAAGGAGAGAUGGUCAGAAAGAGAUGACCUCGAUAGUAAACCUUUAAGAUCAAGGCAUGGUAAUGCUUCUUCUCCUUUGAAACGUAACCAAAGGAGUAGACAUAGAUCUUACUCACCUCAACCAUCUGGCGAAAACAAAAAUCAGGAGAGGGAGAAAGUAAAUGAGGGAAGCCAAGAGAGGAAAAAUGGUAGAAGAAGUAAUAGAGCUACAGGGGAAAGACGACAAGAUAUAGAUAUAGAGAGCAUGAGAACAGAGAGAAGAUCUAGGAGAGAUGAUAAUGAUCACAAGUCUUUAAAAUCAAAAGAUGGAAUUUCUACAUCUCCAUCUAGUUGGCAUCACAGGAACAAAAACAAAUCUGACUCUCCUCAGCCAGUUGCUGGAGCUCGUGAUGAGGAGCCAACUAUAAAAGAAUCUGAAGAAAGGGAUAAUGAAGAUGACUCCGUCUCUAAAAUGAAAGUUGCUGAGGAUGCGCUAGCAGCAAAACAGAAGGAGAAACCUUCAUUUGAGCUUUCAGGGAAGCUCGCCGCAGAAACUAAUAGAGUCAGAGGUAUAACAUUGUUGUUCAAUGAACCCCCAGACGCAAGGAAACCUGAUGUAAGGUGGCGGCUUUAUGUUUUCAAGAAUGGUGAAGCUCUCAAUGAACCCUUGUACAUACACCGUCAAAGCUGCUACCUUUUUGGGAGAGAAAGAAGGGUGGCAGAUGUUCCUACUGACCACCCAUCCUGCAGCAAGCAACAUGCUGUUAUACAAUUUCGGCAAGUAGAGAAGGAGAAACCUGAUGGUACUCUAACAAAGCAAGUAAAGCCUUAUGUAAUGGAUCUUGGAAGCACCAACAAAACUUUUCUCAAUGAUGUUGCCAUUGAAUCUGAACGUUAUUAUGAGCUUCACGAAAAAGAUACCAUUAAGUUUGGCAACAGUAGCCGAGAGUAUGUGCUAUUGCAUGAGAACUCAGCCCAAUGAGAGAUUGGAGACUAAUUUUCUUUUUCUGAAGUUCACUUUAAUGUUUUUGCAUGGAGACGAGUAUUUUACUUGAGGGUGUUUUUUUGGUUCUUAGCCAUCCAGUGAUGUGUGAAAACUAAUCUCUAAUUUUGUAAGUCAUUAACUUGGGGAGCACUUCACCUGGCUCUACCCUAAACUAGCUACUAGCUUUAUGUCUUAGCAACUUAUCUCUAGUGAUAAAUGCAAGGUAUCAUCUGUUGUUUUUUUUUUUCAACUUACUAAUUUAUCAAUGGAGACGUUUUUCCUCUUAUUAUUA